AUGUCUGACCGACUCCUGGACCUUGAUGAGUCUGCCACCCAAACAGGGCCAAAGGGUGUGAUCAAUGACUGGCGGAGGUUUAAACUGGAGAGCAUGGAUAAGGAGAGUCUUCCUCCAGCCAAGAGGGAGCUGCUCCGACAGAUGUCCUCCCCCGGCAAACCCAAGGACGGGGACAACAUCGCAGAACAGAACAGAAAGAUGAGUGUCCAGGAGUACGAGAUGCUGAAGGAGGAGGACGAAGGCUGUCUGAAGAAAUACCGCAAGCGCUGUAUGCAGGAGAUGCAUGAGAAACUGAGCAUUGGACCUCGCUUUGCGGGCGUGCACGAGCUGGAGAGCGGGGAUGCCUUCCUGGAGGUCAUAGAGAAGGAGCACCACAGCACCCUGGUCGUGGUCCACAUAUACAAGCUGGGCCUCAAAACCUGCGAGGACCUCAACCACUGCCUGGACUGCCUGGCCACAGAAUACCCCACCGUCAAGUUCUGCAGGAUCAACGCCGUCUCCUCCGGGGCGUCUGAGCGUUUUUCCGAUGACGUCCUGCCCACUCUGCUGGUUUACAAAGCCGGAGAACUCAUCGGGAAUUUUCUGGCCUGCACGCAGCAUCUAAACCAGGAGUUUUUUGCGACGGAUGUGGAAGCAUUUCUCAACAGUUACGGUCUCCUGCCUGAAAAAGAGCUCCCGUGUUUGGAUGAUGAGGAGGAGAAUGAUGUUGAGUGA